CAAAAGCAAAAAUAUUUCCUUCCUCUCGCAGGCAAAAACCAAACAAAUAUCAACAACACCGUCAACGCGUAUAGGAAAAUUUUCAUUGUUUAAAUUUGGAUCUAUUAUAAUAAAUAAACGACGCAAUGUCUCGUGGUCCUGGUCCAAUUCCAAAUAGAUGGCUUUAUUGUCCACGUCAAUCUGAUACGCUAAUAGCCGGAAAGUUUUUAGCGUUCAAAACUCCAUUAAAAGAAGAUUUUGAAUCUCAGAUGCCAGCCGAAUGUUGUUUUACACCUGAAAUGCUCUUUCAAUUGAUGAAAACUUAUAAUGUGAAAAUUGGGCUUUGGAUAGAUUUGACUAACACAGACCGGUUCUAUGAUCGUUACGAGAUUGAACGGAACAAGUGCAAAUAUGUAAAAUUGCAGUGUCUUGGUCACGAAGAAACUCCAACGCCUCAACAAACUAAUGCGUUUAUUGAACUUGUGGACGAAUUCAAUAAAGACCAUCCUAUGGAAAUUGUUGGAGUUCACUGUACUCACGGUUUCAACCGAACGGGAUUUUUAAUUGUGUCAUAUAUAGUAGAGAAGUUAGAUUGGUCAGUAGAGGCCGGAUUAUCUGCAUUUGCUAAAGCUCGACCUCCAGGUAUCUAUAAGGCUGAUUAUAUUAAGGAGUUAUUUCGACGAUAUGAAGAUGAGAGUGAUGCUAUACAAGCACCCGCUAUUCCAGAAUGGGGCAAUCAAUGUGACGAUACACUCGAGAAUGGUUUUACUAACGAAAUCGAAAAAUCCAAAUUGAAACGUCGUUUGGAUGGUGAAAGCAGCUCAUCGAUAAAUGAUUCUAUUGGAGAAAACAAAAAGAAAAAAAUGAAAAAAGAAUUUAUUAACAAAAACGCUAAAUUUAUGGAAGGUAUUAAUGGCGUUACACUUAUACAGGACCAACCACGACUGAGUCAACUGCAGCAACUGGUACAAACUUUGUGUGGGUGGAAAUCAACAGGAUUUCCUGGUUGCCAACCUGUUUCGAUGGAUAAUACGAACCUUAAAUUGCUACAUCUUAAACCCUACAAAGUAUCAUGGAAAGCUGACGGCACAAGGUAUAUGAUGCUUAUUGUAAAAGAAAAUGAAAUUUUUUUCUUCGACCGAGACAACUCAUGUUUUGCGGUUACUGGAAUCUGUUUCCCGCAUUAUACGGAUUUGCACAAGCAUUUAACAAAUACUUUGUUAGAUGGGGAAAUGGUAAUUGAUAUAGUCGAAAACGAGCGUAAACCACGAUAUCUUGUUUACGAUAUCAUUACUUACGAAAAUGGAAAUGUUGGUAAAAAAGCUUUUGACAAAGAUCGUUUGCGAUACAUUGAAACGAGGAUUAUUGCUCCUCGAACCGAAGCAAUGAAACGAGGAUUGAUUGAUCAAAUUCGUCAACCAUUUAGCAUAAGAAAUAAGGCUUUUUGGGACGUAACACAAGCAAGAGCAUUAUUGGCGCCAAAGUUUUCCAAAACACUUGCACACGAACCGGAUGGAUUAAUAUUUCAGCCUGCCAAAGAGCCGUACGUCGCUGGAAUGUGUCCGGAAGUUCUUAAAUGGAAACCAAGUGCAUUGAAUUCUGUAGACUUUCGAUUGAAAAUAGCUGUAGAAACUGGAAUGGGAAUGGUCCACAAAAAAAUUGCGCUUUUAUUUGUAGGUGGACUGGAUAUUCCUUUUGGUCAAAUGAAACUGACAAAGGAUCUCAUUGCUUUGAACAAUAAAAUUAUUGAAUGUAAAUAUGAAGACAACAAAUGGGUUUUCAUGCGCGAACGAACAGAUAAAUCAUUUCCAAAUAGUUAUAACACAGCUAAAAGUGUUUUCAAUAGUAUUCUGUAUCCUGUAACCACGGAUAUUCUUCUCAAUUUCAUCGAUACCCAGAGGUAUAAAGAUGACCAAUCCAGAAUACACCUUCCACCCGUACUCCAUAAAUAACUGCAAGAAGUUACAUUCACAUUUUUAAUUAAGUGUCAUGGUUUAUUUUUAACAUGCGGCAUUAAUACGACCUUACGCAGUAAUAAAAAUAAACUAAUGAA